AAUUCAUCCAUCAAAUCCUUCGAAAAGACCUUCUCAACCACCCUCUCCUGAAGAAACUCAUUCUCAAUUUCUUUCUCAAGAAUCCCUAAUGGCCCCUAAGGCAGAGAAGAAGCCGGCUGAGAAAAAGCCAGCGGCGGCGGAGAAAUCCCCAGCUGAGAAGAAGCCAAGAGCAGAGAAGAAGAUACCCAAAGAAGGAGCGAUUGACAAGAAGAAGAAGAGGGCAAAGAAGAACGUUGAGACCUACAAGAUCUAUAUCUUUAAGGUCCUGAAACAGGUCCAUCCUGACAUUGGAAUCUCCAGCAAGGCAAUGGGUAUCAUGAACAGUUUUAUCAACGAUAUCUUUGAGAAACUCGCUCAAGAGUCAUCGAGGCUUGCAAGGUACAACAAGAAGCCUACCAUUACUUCUCGGGAGAUCCAGACAGCUGUCCGACUGGUUUUGCCUGGAGAGCUUGCGAAACAUGCUGUCUCUGAAGGGACCAAGGCUGGUACCAAGUUUACAAGCUCUUAGCGGCUAGGGUUGGGUUUUUUGUGGGUUCUGUUUAAUUAGUGCUUCUGUCCUAUGUAAAGUCUUUUUAGAUUCUGAUCUGAAUGAAUCUGAUGUAGGUUUCUUCUUUCAUUGAAUGGAAUUAAAUUUUUCGGUCCUGAAAUUU